GCCCGGGCGGACGGGGGCCGGGAGGGGUCAGUGCGCGCUCGGCUGCGGGAACGCGGAGAGGUCCCCCUUGUUCUUGGGGUGACCUCCCUCGUUUUUGGGGUGCCCCCCCCCUUUCCAGGCGCGAUGCCGCUGGCGCGCAGCGUCUCGGUGAGCUCCCUGCCGGGGCUGGAAGAAUGGGGGGGCCCCGGGGCCCCCGAUAACGUCGUCCUCUUCGAGGUGGCCUGGGAGGUGGCCAACAAAGUGGGCGGCAUCUACACGGUGCUGCAGACGAAGGCGCGCGUGACGGCCGACGAGUGGGGCGAGAGCUACGUCCUGGUGGGCCCCUACGUGGAGAGCAGCGUCCGCACCCAAGUGGAGCUCCUGGAGCCGCCGCAGCCCGCCCUGCGCCGCACCCUCGCCGCCAUGAACGCCCAGGGCUGCAAGGUGCACUUUGGGCGCUGGCUGAUCGAGGGGAGCCCCGCGGUGGUGCUGCUCGACGUGGGGGCCACGGCCUGGAGCCUCGAGCGCUGGAAGGGGGAGCUGUGGGAGAGCUGCGCCAUCGGCGUCCCCUGGUACGACCGCGAGGCCAACGACGCCGUCCUCUUCGGCUUCCUCGUCGCCUGGUUCCUCGGCGAGUUUGCGGCGCAGAGCGAGGAGCGGCCGUUCAUCGUGGGGCACUUCCACGAGUGGUUGGCGGGGUUGGGGCUGGUGCUGAGCCGCGCGCGCCGCCUGCCCGUGGCCACCAUCUUCACCACCCACGCCACCCUCCUCGGGCGCUACCUCUGCGCCGGCAGCGUCGACUUCUACAACAACCUCCACAGCUUCGACGUGGACAAGGAGGCGGGGGAGCGGCAGAUCUACCACCGGUACUGCCUGGAGCGCGCGGCCGCGCACUGCGCCCACGUCCUCACCACCGUCUCCCACGUCACCGCCGCCGAGGCCGAGCACCUCCUCAAACGCAAACCCGACCUGGUGACGCCCAACGGCCUCAACGUCCGCAAGUUCUCGGCGAUGCACGAGUUCCAGAACCUUCACGCCCAGAGCAAAGCCCGCGUCCAGGAGUUCGUCCGAGGACACUUCUAUGGGCAUUUGGACUUUGAUUUGGACAAAACGCUCUUCUUCUUCAUCGCGGGGCGCUAUGAGUUCUCCAACAAAGGCGCCGAUAUCUUCCUGGAGGCGUUGGCGCGGCUCAACUAUCUGCUGAGGGUGAACGGCAGCGAGGUGACGGUGGUGGCGUUCUUCAUCAUGCCGGCGCGCACCAACAACUUCAACGUGGAGUCGCUGAAGGGCCAGGCCGUGCGCAAGCAGCUCUGGGACACAGCCAACGCAGUCAAGGAGAAGUUUGGGAAGAAGCUCUAUGAGUCCCUGCUGGUGGGGAACCUCCCAGACAUGAACAAAAUGUUGGACAGGGAGGAUUUUACCAUGAUGAAAAGGGCCAUUUUCGCCACCCAGCGGCAGUCGUUCCCCCCCGUGUGCACCCACAACAUGUUGGACGACGCCACGGACCCGAUCCUCACCACCAUCCGCCGCAUCGGGCUCUUCAACAGCAGUAACGACCGCGUCAAGAUCAUCUUCCACCCCGAGUUCCUGUCGUCCACGAGCCCUCUCCUUCCGGUGGAUUACGAGGAGUUCGUCCGCGGGUGUCACCUCGGGGUGUUCCCCUCCUACUAUGAGCCCUGGGGGUACACCCCGGCGGAGUGCACGGUGAUGGGGAUCCCCAGUGUCUCCACCAACCUUUCGGGGUUCGGCUGUUUCAUGGAGGAGCACAUCGCCGACCCCUCCGCCUACGGGAUUUACAUCGUGGACCGUCGGUUCCGGGCGCCGGAGGAGUCGUGCGCUCAACUCACCGCCUUCCUCUACGGCUUCUGCCAGCAGAGCCGGCGCCAGCGCAUCGUCCAACGCAACCGCACCGAGCGCCUCUCCGACCUCCUCGACUGGAAGUACCUGGGCAGGUACUACACCUUCGCGCGGCGCAUGGCUCUGGCCAAGGCCUUUCCCGAGAGCUUCACCUACGAACCCCCUGAAGCGGCUGCUGGUUUCCGGUACCCCCGCCCCGCCUCGGUGCCCCCCUCGCCCGCGCUCUCGCGCCUCUCGAGCCCCCGGCACAGCGACGAAGAGGAUGAGCGCUACGAUGAGGAAGAAGAGGCCGCCAAGGACAGAGCCAACAUCCGCCGCCCCCCGAGUCCCCCCGGGCUCCCCAAGAACUGAGACCCACGGAAUAUGUGGGGCAGACCCACGGCGAGGUGGGGGGGAACCCCCACAGCAGGGAAAAAAGAAACCACAACACCCCCCUGGGGAGGGGAUGUGGGGCGCCCCCCCCCCCCACUUUUCUCCAGCCCCACAGCGCUUUUGCUCAGGCUCAGCCCCACAGAAUUCAGGGGGGUGGGGGGGCUAUGGGGCAGCCCCACAUCUGCCUUCCUCCCCCAUCUCAGCCCCAUUUCAGAGUGCCUGGGGUCAGCCCCACAGCGAUGGGGGGGGGGCUAUGGGGCAGCCCCACAUUUUCUCCUCAUCAC